UCACGACUUACCGCGACAAGAUAGACACUACCAUGGCGGAACAAGAAGCCUCCUACCCUCCCCCUGCUUACCCGGACAAGGGUGGUGAACAGCCGCCACAGCAGGGGUAUGGCUUCCAGCCGCAGCCGUACGGACAGUACCCUCCACAGCAGGGCCAGUACCCCCCUCAACAGGGCCAGUACCCCCCUCAAGGGCAGUACCCGCAAGGGGGGUUUGUGCAGCAAGGGGCUUACGUGCAGAUGGGGACUACUGUCGGGCAGCCGGCCGUGAUGAUGGUAGGGAGCAGGGCUAAUGACUACAUGGGCCUCUCCAUCUUCACUCUGCUCUGCUGCUGCCUACCUCUCGGCAUCGCGGCCAUCGUCAGCUCCUGUGAGACACAGGACGCCAACAACGCUGGAGACCUGAACAGAGCUCAGGCAGCAUCGAACCGAGCCAAAAUCCUCAACUACUGGGCUCUGGGCGUGGGGAUCUUCUUCUGGGUCAUCGGGGUCAUUCUUAUCAUCCUGUACUUCACCCUGUUUAUCUCCGCGUUUUGGGGUUAAAGGUCUGACUGACAAGGCAUGGAAUUCAAUCUUUAAGCACGCCUUAAAGCGUUUGUAAAGGUUCCGUUUUCUUGAUCUGGUGAAAAGGGUUGCCCUCUCAAUUUACGCACGUUUUAAGGUAUGCGUAAAGCUUGAAUUUUGUGCUAUGAUGACAGGUGUUUGGCGUGUUGUUGUAAGACUGAAAGUCCACGCAACAGGAAAGGGAUCAAUGACUCCCAUGAAUACGAUUAUAAUGCCUUAUAGACAAGACAGAGAGAAUAUCUUAGAGAAAAGAGAGAUGUCGUAACAAAAUUAAAGUAAGAAACAGAAACGUUUCUGAAUCUGUCAACAUUUUUCCAAAUAAAAAACGUUUUCUACAAAAAUGAACAGGUUUCUAUGUAUGUUAUGGGCUAAAACCUGCACUAUUUGCUGUGAUCUAGAACCCUUUGAUUGAACAUUUCAAUCGUGUGCCUAAGUAGCAUGUUUGACUUUCAAAACCUUGAUUUGUACUGGUUUUUCUGUUAACGCGCAUGAGUUGAAAUACAAAGGGGAACUUUUGAUCAACCCGUA